AUGCCCACGCAGCAGCUCACGACAUUCCAGCUGCUCCCGCCCGCCCACGCGCACGGCGACCGCCGACAGCACCACCACCAGCAGCUCGCCUGCGGCGGCGGCCUCUGGGACCCCGCGUCGGUGCUCGACCGCCGGGCCAGCCCCGCCGCGCAUCCCACGCUGUCUUCCCCCUCGCCCCUGCCCGCCGGCGUGGCGGCCCUCGCCAAGAACGUCUCCGCGGCCCCGCCGGCGCAGGCGCAGGCAUGGCCGCCGCCGCCGCCGGGCCCCGGGGCCAACGACGACGACGCCAAGGACGACUGGGUCCACCACCUCCCGCCCCUCGACAUGGCCGGCUGGGGCGACCCCCACGCCGCCGCCAUGCAGGAGCCUCACCCGCCGCCCUCCUCGCAGGACAGCACCUUCCUCCGCUGGAUCAUCGGCGGCGGGGACGACGACGACGACGACUCCGGGGCCGCCAUGGACGGCACUGACCCCCCGGAUCUUGACCUCGACCGCAUCACCAUGCUCCCCCGCCACCCGCCGCCGCUCAUGGGGGGCGCGGGCCACGGCCUCCCGUUCACGCUCGCCGGCGAGGACACCAAGCAGCCCUUCCGCGCCUCGCCGGGCGCCGCCCUGCAUCAGCAGCAGCACCACCUGCCGCACGCGUUCCACGGCGGCGCGUUCCCUUCCUUCGACCCGGCGGCGCCGGCCAAGCGGCAGCAGCAGCAGCACCCGAUGGCCGGCGCGGCGCCGCCCAAGCUGCCCCCCUUCGCCGGCCACGGCGCUGCGGCCGCCCUCAAGCCCAAGGCGGAGGCGCCGGUCGACGACGGCGCGGCCGCGGCGGCGGUGGACCAGCUCACCGAGGCGGCCAGGCUCGUCGAGGCCGGCGACGCCUACGGCGCGCGCGAGAUAUUGGCACGGCUCAAUCACCGGCUCCCCGCCGCCCCCGCGGCCGGGACGCCACUGCUCCGCUCCGCCUUCUACUUCAAGGAGGCUCUGAGCGUUGCCCUGGACACCACCGGCGCCCACGCCUCCUCGGCGGCCGUGGCGUCCACGCCCGUCGACGUCCUCCUCAAGCUCGGCGCCUACAAGGCCUUCUCCGAGCUCUCCCCGGUGCUCCAGUUCGCGCACUUCACCUGCGUGCAGGCCGUGCUCGACGAGCUCGGCGGCGCCGGCUGCAUCCACGUGCUCGACUUCGACAUCGGCGUCGGCGAGCAGUGGGCGUCGCUGAUGCAGGAGCUGGCGCAGCGCCGCCCCGGCGCCGCGCUCAAGGUGACCGCAUUGGUGCUGCCGUCGACGCACCACCCGCUCGAGCUGCAGCUCAUCCACGAGAACCUCGCCAACUUCGCCGCCGAGCUCGGGGUCCCCUUCCAGUUCGUCGUGUUCAACCUCGACUCCGUGGACCCCACGGAGCUCCUCGCCAUUGCCGGCGGCGACGCGAUCGCGGUCCACCUUCCCGUCGGCUCAGUUCACGCCGCCGCGGUGCCGUCGGUCCUUCACCUGGUGAGGCGGCUGGGCGCCAAGCUUGUCAUCUCGGUCGACCGCAGUGGUGACCGCGGCGAGCUGCCGUUCGCGGCGCACCUGCUCCAGGCAUUCCAGUCGUGCGCGUUCCUGCUCGAGUCCCUGGACGCCGUGGGCACCGAACCGGAUGUGGCGAGCAAGAUCGAGCGCUUCCUGAUCCAGCCAAAGAUCGAGAGCUGCGUGAUGAGGAGGCACCAGGCCGCGGCCGCCGGCGACAAGCUGCUGCCAUGGCGGACAAUGUUCACCUCGGCCGGGUUCGUGCCGGUGCACAUAAGCAACUUCGCCGAGGCGCAGGCCGACUCGCUCCUGAAGAAGGUGCCGGUGAGGGGCUUCCGCGUGGAGAAGCGCGCCGGAUCGCUGGCCCUGCAUUGGCAGCGCGCGGAGCUGGUGUCGGUGUCGGCGUGGAGAUGCUGA